AUGAGCACUCUAGAAAAAAAUAUAGAGGGUGACAGGACCGACUCCCUCCAUGCAGAAGAAAUAUCACAAAGCAGCCAAGCUUCAUACGUCCCACGCCAACUUGAGAUGGAUGAAGUCACCUUGUCAGAAUCAGGUGCAACCAUGGUUGAAGAAAGCAAUGUAAUCCUCAAAACAUACCCACAGGCCUGGCUUGCACUUUUUAUUCUUGUCCUACUUCGUGUGUCUGUAUCUGUAUUCCAAUACACCUACAGUGUCGUGCCUGGACUUACUGCCGAGUAUUUUAACGUCGGCCUUACAGCAAUCAAUUGGCUGGCAAAUGUGCAAGGCGUUGUGUAUGUGAUUAUGAGUUUAUUUACAGGAUGGAUGUUCGAACAUUUUGGUGUAAAGCGCACGCUUAUGCUUUCUGCAUUUCUCAGUGCCUUGGGGGCCGGUAUUAGGUGCAUUGCUGGCACAUUUUCAUCGCCCUCAUACGCACUCGCAAUGGUGGGCCAGGUUAUAGGUUCUUCUGCUGCACCAUUGACGCUUAACAUCAUGACUAUGUUUGCCUCUACUUGGUUUACAGAAGAUCGCCGUGCAACAGCUGGCAUGUUUGUCGCCUCAAACUACGGAGGUAUCCUAGGCAUGUUUCUACUGCCAAAUCUUGCCACCAGUGUAGACCGCAUCUCUCUUGUGGCCAUGGUAUCUGCAUUGCUUUGCGCAGGUGUUUUUAUACCCGUUAUAUUUAUGCCCUCCAAACCACCUACUCCACCUUCAAUUAUCCAAGAACAGGACAAGCCCUCGUUUUUCAAGGGACUUAGGAUGUUGGGUUCCAACUACAACUUUUGGGUUAUUUUUGCAGUGCACAGUAUCAAUGUUGGUUUAAGCAUUUCCUUUGGUACUUUAUUUACCCAAAUUCUUGCACCGUAUGGAUAUACCAAUAUUCAAGCAGGACAGAUAAAUGCCGUGGCAUUCUUUGCGGGCACUUUGGGAUGUUCUGUCGCUGGCCCCGUAUUAGAUAUGACAAAACAGCAUCUACUAUUUCUGCGAUUGAUUGCUCCUAUGGUGGUAAUAACUGAUAUUGCGUUUAUCUUCAUUAUUCGUAAGGAUGCCUAUGCUGCAAUUCUUUUCGUAAUGGGAAUGAAUCAAUUUUUCCUUUCAUUUCUUGUCCCUGUUGCAAUUGAGAUCGGUAGUGAAACUUCUUAUCCUGUCGCAGAUGCAAGUACCAACUCAAUCCUCUGGCAAGGAGCUCAGAUAUUUGGUAUCAUUCUGGUUUCUGCUAUGGACGCCAUGCGAGAUACAGAAGGAACACCAAAGAACAACCUUUUUAACGCAUUGAUUCUUCAAUCUGUAUUGGCCGGUGUAAUGAUGGCUCUUGCUUUUAUUUUCCGGGGACGAAUGAAGCGAUCAGAGGCUAUUGCUCUCGAGAAAAAGCGUCAUGUUGAGCAUUCUCAAAAGAAAGAUGGAAAUCGACCCGAAAAUUUUCAGAAAGAGACAACCAAGGAGGAGUCUUUGGCCAUCUUUCCCUGA